AUGCCUGAAUCAACCAUCAUUGAAGGCUCCUCCAAUGGAGGCAAUACCACCUCUCAACCUACCGCCACCUUCACUGGCAAUGUUUAUGUGGACCUCAUACACAAGGACGACCAAGCUGCCAUCGCCAAUGUUACCUUCACUCCAUGCGCCCGGACACACUGGCACACCCACGGGCAAGGCCAGUUCCUGAAGGUGGUGGCCGGCGCCGGCUGGAUUUGCGAUAAGGGGAGUCAACCCCGCCGCAUCAAGACAGGAGACGUUAUCUGGGCACCGGCGGGUACGACGCAUUGGCAUGGAGCAGAUGAUGGCUCUAUCUUGACGCACCUGGUUGUCGGCUUGGGCAACACAACGUGGCAUGAUGCAGUGACUGACGAGGAGUACGGGAACAAGCAGUGA